AUGACGUCUGUUGCUGUUGUUGGUGCUGGAUUAGUUGGAUGUCUUGCUGCUUUGGGUCUUUCUAAAAAGGGCUACAACGUCACUCUUUUCGAACUGAGAGAUGAUCCUAGAAAGUCUAUCAAUAGAGAACUAAGAAGUAUAAACUUGGCUGUGUCAGAUCGUGGUAUAAAUGCUUUGAAAUAUAUUGAUGAGGAAUUGGCUCAAAUCGUUUUAUCAAAAGUUAUUCCAAUGACUGGGAGAAUGAUUCAUGACCUUGAUGGGAAUUUACAAAGUCAAAAAUAUGGAUUAAAUGGUAUUGAAGCUAUCAAUUCCAUUGAUAGAUCUUAUUUAAAUGAAUUGUUACUGAAUGAAGUUGAAAAAUCCGGAAUUUCAUUAAAAUUUAAUCAUAAACUGGAGAAAAUGGAUUUGAAAGAACAACCAAAGUUAAUAUUUCAAAAUAAUGAAGAAGUUUCAGUUGAUUUAAUUGUUGGUGCUGAUGGCUGUUUCUCCAAAGUUCGUCAAAACUUACAAAAAUUUGCAAGAAUGAGCUAUACUCAAGAAUUUAUUGAUUGUGCAUAUCUAGAAUUGUCUAUACCACCAGGUUCCAACAAUGAUAACAAGUUUUUAUUGGAUAAAAAUCAUCUGCAUAUAUGGCCUAGAGAUAAAUUUAUGUUGAUUGCAUUACCAAACUUGGAUGGUUCAUUCACUUCAACUUUUUUCGCUCCUUGGGAUUUAAUUGAAUCAUUAGAUGAUGAUGAAUCUGUCUUACAAUUCUUCAAGAAAUAUUUCAAAGAUGCUGUUGGAUUGAUUGGCGAAGAAAAAUUGUUGUUUGCUUUUAAAAACCACCCUAAAGGUAAAUUGCUAUCAUUGAAUUGUAAUCCUUAUCAUUACCAAGACAAGGCCAUCAUUAUCGGGGAUGCUGCACACUCAAUGGUUCCAUUCUAUGGCCAAGGCAUGAAUUGUGGGUUUGAAGAUGUGUUUGUGCUACUAAAACUCCUAGAAUCAGAACCAUCAGUAGGCGAUGCAUUGAGUAAAUACUCAUCAACAAGACACGAAGAUUUACAUGCAAUCAUUGAACUAGCUAAAGAAAACUAUAAAGAAAUGUCUCAUAAGGUGAAUUCCAAGCUUUUCCUACUAAAGAAACAAAUUGAUUUCAUGUUGACCCGUAUUCUAAAAGAUAGAUGGCUACCAUUAUACACCAUGAUAUCAUUCAGAAGUGAUAUUAGCUACUCCAAAGCUGUCAAGACCCACCAAAGACAGAAUAAGAUCUUGGGAUACAUACAAACAGCUGUUGUUGGGCUUGCACUCCUUGGAGCUGCUAAAUUGUUCAAGAGCCUUAGAAGAUGA